GCAAUCAACUCUCCCUGACGAUUACUUGAACACAAAAAUAAGCAGAAGCAAAAUUGACAAAAACUCAACUAAAGCUAUAGAAAACAGUUCAAGUGACUAUAACAAAAAAGAAAGAGCAAUAAAAUUAACAGAUAGUAAGCUUAGAAAGCAGCAAAGAAAAACUUGUACGAAGGAAGCUACCCAAGAAAAACAAAAUUUUGCAAAGAAACUUUUAGAAAAAAGAGGAUAUUGGUCUGACCCCGAACGCAGAUCAUCAAUAGUCACACAAACACGUAAACAAACAAACACAUCUAGAAUUGGCCAAAACAAAGUAAAAGCGUACGUGCAAAGCAAAAACAACAACAACAAAGUCACGUGUAAAGAACAAAUAGAAUUGUCAAUAGAACCUUCCAGAAAAUUAGAUUAG